GCUCCGGAGGCAAAUGAUUGGCGUGUUGAAUUGAAGGAUUUUGAUAUGUUGAGGGCUCAUGCUGAUGUUGGGUUUUUUUUUCCGUCGCCAUCAGGUCCGUUACGCUGCUCAGGAUAUCCCGGCCGCUAAGAGCGCCCGCGCUCGCGGCUCUUACCUCCGUGUCAGCUUCAAGAACACCCGUGAGACCGCUCAGGCCAUCAACGGCAUGAAGCUGCAGCGUGCCCUUACCUUCCUCACCAACGUUACCGAGAAGGCUGAGGCCGUCCCUAUGCGCCGGUACGCUGGCAGCACCGGCCGCUGCGCUCAGGGCAAGCAGUGGGGUGUCAGCAAGGCUCGCUGGCCCGUCAAGUCCGCCGAGUUCCUCAUCGACCUCCUGAAGAACGCUGAGGCCAACGCCGAUACCAAGGGUCUCGACACCGGCAACCUCGUUGUCAAGCACAUCCAGGUCAACCAGGCUCCCAAGGGCCGCAGACGCACCUACCGUGCUCACGGUCGUAUCAACCCUUACAUGACCAACCCCUGUCACAUCGAGCUUAUCCUUACUGAGGGUGAGGAGGUCGUUCAGAAGGGUCCCGUUGCCGAGCGUGAGGUCCGCCUCAGCUCUCGCCAGCGUGGCGCUCAGAUCCGCCGUGCUCUCAUCGAGGCAUAAGCGGUUCAUGGGUGUCGGGGGAAGUGAAGUGGUCAGAAUCUGAAUGGGAAUGCCGGAGUUUCGCUGUUGUACGGAAACCUAUACCUGGUCACGGAAGGAAUACAAAAGAAAUUAUUACUUUUUUUGACAAAUGGAAAAAAUUCGAAACCAACGGGCGAGACCAUCUAUCCGUGUCACAUCUGAGACAGUUGAUCUCUACCUACCCCCCAGCGGUUCCUUCCCUAGGAAAUUUUUGUUUCGACAGCCUUUCCGUGGCAGGUAAAGGUAGAACAGGAGUCGCAGAUUCUCUGGUACCACAGGCCUGGGUGGGUGGUCUGGGUCGAUACGGCUAGUCCGGACAUUCUCACAAUUCAGAACACUUUGAGCGCUGCUUUUCAUGAAUGGGAUACGGAAUUUAUUGUUUCAUGAAGUAAAAGUCGGAUGUGCCUAGAUUGAUUUUUUCAUGUAGUUGUAAUGUAGAUUGUUAUUAUCACGAUGUUCAG